GGUCCGUUUGAUUACGACAGCAGGACCAAGAGCCCAUGUUGGAACGACACGGGGAUUUUGCGAUGUUUACCGUACGCCUACAUCGUGGGCUUUAGCAAAUGUGGGACGUCAGACCUGUUUUCCAGAAUCAUUCAACAUCCCGACGUGGUCCAUUUCGGCUUAAAGGAGAAACACUGGUUCGAUUACUUCCGGUUUGGGACCGAUACAAGAUUUAUCCAAAACUAUACAGACAAAUUUGCCAACAUGACGUUAAGAAUAGAAUCAGAUUUGCGUCAGCUCGGAUUUAGUUAUAAAAUAACAGUGGACGGAAGCCCAACCUACUCCUGGGGCUCUUUGAACUGGCCUUGUUACGAGGGUAACGAGGGUCUGAACGAGCCACUUUUCACAAAUGCUGAUGUCAUCCACCGUUUGACCCCCAGUGCAAAAAUUAUUGUCUCGAUGAGAGAACCAGUAAGCAGAUUGUAUUCGCGUAUGCUGUCGUGGAUACCCGAACAGCUACACCCGGCUUACGUCGACCCGACACCCGAGAAGUUCCACACCUUUAUCGAGGAGCGGGUGCGGAUGUAUCGUCAGUGUUUCACACAGUGGUCCCAUAGACAGUGCGCUUAUAACGGCACGUUAUACAAAGAAGCAGUUCUGAGACUGGCUGAGGGAGCCUACUCUGUCUACAUCAAAGAUUGGUUAAAGGUGUUUCCUAGGGAGCAGCUAUUGUUUAUCAAAUUUGAAGACUACAUAGCAGAUGCGAAUGCAACUGUGCGAAAAGUCUACAAAUUUCUAGAACUUGUCAACGUAGGCAGAUUCUACCAUGUCGGGCCCAUGCUGAACAAGACAAUGGACAUACUGGAAGACUUCUACAAGCCGUUUAACGAGGAACUUGCACAGAUCCUGGGUGACCCCCACAUGACCUGGAAGUACAACGAGAGCUAG